GCGGGGGACGGGGCGGAACUCUGGAGACACCUCCCGUCUCCAUGGCGACAUCACCCUCGCCAACAGGUCUCCCGUCCCCAUGGCAACAGCCACAGCAUCCCGGGGCCUCCGCGGAUCAGCCGGCCCGUGGCCUCCGGGAGACCGCCCUUUCCGGUGGCCGCGGUCGUGUGUCCAUGGAGACGGCGGCGCUUUGCGACUUCGCGUUUGCGCGCGCCGCGUCACGCCGCGGGGGCGGUUGCUGGGCCGGCGGGGGCGGUGCCGGGAGCUCUGGUCAGCCCGCGGCCGCCGGCGGGGCCAUGGCGGGAGCCGGGGGCUGGACGUGGCGGCCGGUGCUCCGGGACGCGCUGCUAGCGCGGGGCUUCCACUCGUGCACGGAGCUGCGGGGGAGCUUCUACGUGGUGGGGGGGCUCCUGGCGGGGGGCAGCCUGCAGCCCAGCGCGGACACGGUGGUCUUCGACCCGGUGGGGGGCCGCGCCGAGCGGCUGAACACUAGGGACGGCCCGGGGCGCAGCCACCACGAAGCGGUGGCCGUGGGGGGCCGCUGGCUGUGCGUGGUGGGCGGCUGGGACGGGGCGCAACGCCUGGCCACCGUGGCCGCGCUGGACACGGAGCACGAGCGCUGGGAGGCGUGGGCCGCCGCGCCGGGCAGCCGCGUCCCGGCCGGCCUCAGCAGUCACACGUGCACCCGCGUGUCCGAGCGCGAGCUGCGCGUCGUGGGCCGCGAGGGCGGGACGCGCACGCAGCGCCGCUACGGCAGCGUCUUCACGCUGCGCCUGGACCCCGACGCCCGCGCCUACAGCUACACGGAGGAAAGCUACCGCACGGCCUCGCGCUCCGGGCACUGCGCAGCGCUGCUGCAGACCCCAGGGCCGCACCCGGGCCACCAGCUGCUGAUCGUGGGGGGCUGCCUCUCCCCGGAGUCGGAAGUAGCCGGCCACUGGAGCUGGGGCAAGAUUAAGGAGGAGCCCCCCGCAGCCCCCCGCUUGACAGAAGAGCUGGCCAGGCUGGUGAGCGGCAGGCAGGGCACCCUGCAUGGGCCGAAGGGCCUCCGGCAUCACUCGUGCACCGUGGUGGGGCCCUUCGCCGUGAUCUUCGGGGGAGAGACGCUGACGAGGGCUCGAGACACCGUGUGCAAUGACCUCUACGUGCUGGACGCCCGCCGGGUCCCGCCGCGCUGGUUCCGUUUCCCCUGCGCAGAGCCGGGGCUGAAGCGCCUGGGCCACCGCACCUGCCUCUGGGGUGACCAGCUGUACUUGGUGGGCGGCUUGGGGGCCGACGGCAGGCCAGCCAGCCCGGAGGUGUGCGUGCUGGACCUGUUUUCCUGACGCUCGGCACGAGGUGCCCUGCUGACCGCGGGCUCCCUGGGGCCCAUCUCUCCGCAUCUGUUGGCGGCCACCCGCGGUGGUGUCCAGGGGGGCCGCCCCCGCCCCGGCUGUGGGGGGCUGCCGCGGUUCUUUCAUUAAAGCUCAGACCGAGA